GCGGUGUGGAGUUUGCCGGUCUGGUUGCUUGUAAAUCGGGCCACGCGGUGAUAAAAAUCAAACAAACUUCUGUCAGUACAACACGUCACUAACCUGAGACCUGCUGCUGCCACAUACCACACCGCUACACAUUAGCCAGAGGUUAGCAUCUGGCCGCUCAGAAAUGUCUUUAUAUCCUGAACAGAGGGGACUUUCACUUCUUUGCUAGUCACAAUGACAGGUACAGGAAUCGGGAUGGAGCCGUUGAACGAACCACACGUCCCUCCCUCAGCAGACUGAUCCUAAGAGAUAAUCCAACAGGUUGAAGGCACCCUACAUCAUGGGAAGGAUCAGCUUUUCGUGCCUUUUCCCAGCCUCGUGGCAUUUCAGUCUGCCAUCCCAGGUUCUUCCUCGGCUCCUGAUCCCCUCCCUCAGACAGCUGCUCUUCAUCGGCCUGGUAUUCUGCCUCAUAGGACUGCUCUACCUGCUGCUUGUCUCUGGACAGGGGGCCUCCAGCUGGACCAGAAAAGAGAAUCACUUCCACAGGCACCUGGCAAGGGUGACUGAUAUAGAUGCAACAGACACAAACAAUCCCAACCUAAACUAUGGCCUGGUGGUGGACUGUGGCAGCAGUGGCUCCAGAGUAUUUGUGUACUGCUGGCCCCGGCACAACGGUAAUCCUCAUGUGUUGGACAUUCAGCAAAUGAGAGAUCAACACCGCAAGCCAGUGGUCAUGAAGAUUAAACCAGGUAUCUCUGAAUUGGCUAAAACACCAGAGAAAGCCAGCGAUUAUAUUUAUCCACUUUUGAGCUUUGCAGCUCAACACAUCCCCAAAAACAAACACCAAGAAACACCUCUGUACAUCCUGUGCACAGCUGGAAUGAGAAUCCUUCCUGAAAGUCAACAAGAAGCGCUUCUUGAGGAUCUGAGAACGGACAUCCCAGUCCACUUCAACUUCCUCUUCUCUGACUCCCAUGUGGAAGUCAUUUCUGGAAAACAGGAAGGUGUAUAUGCAUGGAUUGGAAUAAACUUUGUCCUUGGAAGGUUCAACCAUGUGCACACUGAAGGGGAAGCGGUAGUGGAGGUUAAUGUUCCGGGCAGCGAUCAGCAGGAGGCGCUGGUGAGGAAAAGGACUGCUGGUGUUCUGGAUAUGGGUGGGGUCUCCACACAGAUCGCAUAUGAAGUGCCCAAAACUGAGGAAGUUGCCAAGAAUUUACUGGCCGAGUUCAACCUGGGCUGUGACGCACAUCGAACAGAGCAUGUUUACCGUGUUUAUGUGUCCACCUUCCUGGGAUUUGGAGGAAAUGCAGCACGCCAAAGAUAUGAGGAGACCCUCAUCAGGAAUACUGCCACCAAAAACAAGCUCGUAGAUCAGCACAUUGGUGAGAAAGCAGAGGCUCCCCUCCUGGACCCGUGUCUCCCUACAGACCUGCAGGAUGAGAUUGGCCCACCGACACAGAAGCUCCAUCUGAGAGGAACGGGAGACUUCAACCUGUGUAGACAAAUUCUCCAACCGUAUCUCAACCGCACCAAUGAGACCCAAACCUCCCUCAGUGGGAUCUACCAGCCGGAGAUAGACUACAACAACAGUCAGUUCUACGGCUUCUCGGAGUUCUACUACUGCACGGAGGAUGUACUGCGCAUGGGCGGGGAUUAUAACGCGUCUAAAUAUUCUCAAGCUGCCAAGAGUUACUGUGCCACCCAGUGGAAGACUCUUAGGGAACGCUUUGACUCUGGCCUGUAUGCCUCACACGCUGAUCUACACAGACUGAAGUACCAGUGUUUUAAAUCGGCGUGGAUGUAUGAAGUAUUACACUCAGGCUUCUCUUUCCCAGCCAACUAUAAAAACCUGAAGACUGCUCUGUUGGUCUAUGAUAAGGAGGUCCAGUGGACUCUUGGAGCUAUUCUUUACAGAACACGCUUUUUGCCUUUGAGGGACAUCCAGCAAGAAAGUCUGAAAGGAUUGCACUCUCACUGGCGGCACAGCUUCUCCUUUGUCAACAACCACUACUUGUUCCUGGCUUGUUUCUUCAUUGUGUUGUUGUCCAUUAUGCUGUACUUACUGCGACUCCGCCGCAUCCAUCGGCGUCCAGCUCAGCGCUGCAGCCCCUCUGCUGUAACGUGGCUGGAAGAGGGCAUUGGUUCGCCAACACUCCCCAUCAAUCUCUAAUGUUUGUAGGGCAUAACGUCUGGACAGCAUGUCUGACUUUCCAAAGCCAGUUGUCACUCCUUUUCUCUCUGAAGUCAUCUUCUGAAAGCAACUUCCUCCUAUUGGGAGUUUGAUCAGAUGACUGACAAAUGGGAAAAUGAGGAACAUUUGUAUGAGUCAUCAGGCUUAUCUGAGCCAUUAAUAAGUUUAAGUUAUUUUUGUUAGUAUUAAGAUGUCUCUAGAAAUCAUGUUCUUGCCUGCCACAUACUGUUUAUAAAAUCAAAAGGCGACUGCCUCCAGGUGUCUUCUACUUCAUUUCUUAAACAGAAAAACAAAACGGUACCUUGCCUGCUAGCUAAAAUCCUAGCCCAGAUUAAUAUGUAGUCUAAACUUGUUACUGAGGGGGUAAUUUAUGGGGCAUUGCCUUUUAUUUAUGCCUUUUUAUAUAUAUAUGAUCACAUCUUAUCUUUGUUUUUAUUGUCAAAUGGUACAAAGAUGACCAUUUCUGCAAGAACCUCAAAUGCAAUAUGAUUUAUAAUCAGUAGAAGGAGCACUUUUAGAUGCAGUAAGGAUUAUUUUUUUCAGACUGAAUGUUUUUUCUUUCUGAUGUGUGUGUGUGCUUGAGUGUGUGUGUGUCCUUAAUUGUUUUUGCCUCAACAAAACGAGUAGCCUUUUAACGGCUCUAUCAGUGCAAUACAUGUCUUGUCACUGUUGGGAAACGCUCCAAAACUGUGUGCUGCUCCUUUAUCAGGAGUACCAAUCACUCUUAAUUAAAGCCCUGCUGAAAUUCAUGUCUUGGCACGUCUGACCUUGGAGUUGGAUACUGUUGCAUAUUUACGUUGAGCUUCAUUUUCAGAAGCCGUUCUGUCACUGCUGUGAGGGGAAUUUAAAUGAGCGCACACGCCCUGUUUUUAAUAUGGAAAUAGUCUACUGCUAGGGAAAAUGUUUGCACAGAUGAUUGCUAAAUAAAUGUCACAUUGAACUUCAGAAAUAAAGGUUUUAUUGUA